AUGGCCAAUUGCUUGUUCAGACCUCCUCCAUCUCCAUCUCCAUUUCAUCAUAAUCACGCAAUAUGCUUCUCCCAAUCCAUUCUCAAGCUCCCUUUUUCGCCUGCAAUUCGUCCCCGUUUGACUCCAACAAUCUUAUGUAAUCACGAUCAAUCCAAUCGCAGCAACCAGACACAUAAUCAGUCAUCUCCAGAUACAAUUCUCCUCUAUCCUGAUAUCGACAGUUUACUUACCGAGAUCGUUAGGCAAUCGCCAUGUACUUGGGGUGCUUCAAGUGAUUGGAACCAAGUCGAGGGAGCAUGGGUUCUCAAACCCAAAGGCAUGAAACCAAAGUCAGUUGUUCAUUUUGUUGGUGGUCUAUUAGUUGGGGCAGCUCCUCAGCUUACUUAUCGUUUGUUUCUUGAGCGCCUUUCGGAGAAGGGUGUUCUGGUGAUUGCAACACCAUAUGCUAGCGGGUUUGAUUACUUCUUCAUCGCCGAUGAAGUACAGGCCAAAUUCGACCGCUGCUUAAGGUUUCUACAAGAAACAGCGCAUGAUCUUCCUACUUUUGGAAUUGGCCAUUCUCUGGGUUCUGUCAUCCACCUUUUGAUCGGUUCCAGAUAUGCCGUGCAAAGGACUGGGAAUGUAUUAAUGGCAUUCAACAACCAGAAAGCAAGCUUAACUAUCCCAUGGCUCUCACCUGUUCUUGUGCCAAUGGCCCAAAUCAUUGGACCGUUUCUAUCACAAAUUGCAUCGUCACCGACAAUCCGCAUGGGGGCUGAGAUGACAGUAAAGAAAAUAGAAAGCUUUAGUCCCAUUAUAAAGCAGGUUCUCCCUCUAGUUGAGCAACUUCCUCCCUUCUACAUGGACUUAGCCAAUGGAAGAGACGAUUUUACUCCAAAACCUGAAGAAGCUCAUCGACUUAUAAAGUCAUACUACGGCGUUUCAAGAAAUCUGUUAAUAAAGUUCAAAGACGACUCCAUCGAUGAAACUCCAAACAUGGCUAAGGUGCUAAGUUCGGAAUCGGCCAUCAGCUCGAAGCUAGACAUGUCAAUUCGAGUGUUACCAGGAGAUCAUGGGCUUCCUCUACAAAUGUUGCAGGUUCUUCCAGCUGUUCCACCCUUGAUUGCAGAUGCAGUUACUCGUGGAAGCGAGCUUUUGGCGAAUCUGAGUGCCGGAACACGGUGGGAGAGUGUGGUCGAAGAGGUUGACAACACGUUAGGCAUUGAGUCGAGCAUUAUACGAGCGGAAACUUUGAAGCACAUGGACAUUCUGGUGGAAGUGAUCACUUCCUGGAUGGCUUCAGAUUCAGGUGCAAAACUUUGA